CCUCCACUGCAUCCUCUGAGGCAGCUUAUGGGACCCUUCCCUGGGUGCCUCUGCUCCAGAACAUGCUGCAUGGGAUGGCAGUGACACGUGGAAGGAAGAGACCAAUGUUGCCCAUCCCCUGCCUGAUCCUCACAGCUGCUACCUGCUUGGCCACGCUGAGUGAAUCUCUGCGCGUCACUGUCCAGCCUGCCUCCAUUGUCCAAAAGCUGGGGGGCUCAGUCAGCCUCGGGUGUGUGGUGGACCCCCCCAGGGUGAACCUUACCUGGAGACUGAACGGGAAAGAGCUGGUCGGAUCGGAUGACGUGCUGGGCAUCCACAUCGAGCGAGGGAAGCUCGUCAUCGCAGCUCUCAACAACCACACCGUGGGCCGCUACCAGUGCAUUGCUCGUGUGCCUGAAGGAGUCAUCGCCAGUGUUCCUGCAGUGGUAACCUUAGCCAACCUCAAGGAUUUCAAGUUUGAUGGCCAGCACGUGAUCGAAGUGGAUGAGGGGAACACGGCCGUGAUCGCCUGCGAUCUGCCUGAAAGUCACCCCAAGGCCCAGGUCCGCUACAGUGUGAAGCAUGAAUGGCUGGAGGCAUCCCGAGACAACUACCUUAUCAUGCCGUCUGGGAACCUUCAGAUCGUCAAUGCCAGCCAAGAGGAUGAGGGAACUUACAAAUGUGCUGCCUACAACCCCGUGACUCAGGAGGUGAAAACCUCGGUCUCCAGCGAGAGGCUCCGUGUGAGACGCUCCACAGCGGAGGCAGCUCGGAUCAUCUACCCGCCCGAAGCUCAGACCAUCAUCGUCACCAAGGGCCAAAGCCUCAUCCUGGAGUGUGUGGCCAGCGGGAUCCCACCGCCGCGCGUCACCUGGGCCAAAGACGGCUCCAGCGUCUCUGCGUACAAUAAGACACGGUUCCUGCUCAGCAACCUCCUGAUUGACCCCACGAGCGAGGAGGACUCUGGCACCUACAGCUGCAUGGCUGACAACGGAGUUGGCGAGGCUGGAGCCGCAUUCAUCUUCUACAACGUGCAGGUGUUUGAGCCCCCGGAGGUCGCAAUGGAGCUGUCCCAGGAAAUCAUUCCGUGGGGCCAGAGUGCCAAGUUCACGUGCGAGGUGCGCGGGAACCCGCAGCCCUCGGUGGUGUGGCUGCGCAACGCCGUGCCCCUCACCUCGAGCCACCGGCUGCGGCUGUCGCGCCGGGCACUGCGCCUGCUCAGCGUGGGGCCCGAGGACGACGGCAUCUACCAGUGCAUGGCAGAGAACGAGGUGGGCAGCGCACAAGCCAUGGUGCAGCUGAGGACAGCCCGGUCAGGCACUACCCUGAAGCCUGGGCGAGAUGCCUGGCCAGGCUCAGCACAGCCUCCGACACCACCUUCCAGGAACAGUGCUCCAAAGCUGCCCCUGGAUAAAGCUGGAUUCCAAAAGCCUGGGACAACCCCUCUGGCAAUGUCUCCAGAGUGUGCAGCCAACAGAGAGCCCGUGUUCCCAGCGGAGGCCCCCAUCAUCCUCAGCUCUCCCCGCACAUCCAAGACGGAUAGUUACGAUCUGGUGUGGAGACCUCGUCCUGACAGCAGAGCCCCCAUCCUGUAUUAUGUGGUGAAGCAUCGCAAGCAGGUCACCAACGCCUCGGAGAGCUGGGCCGUGAGGGACAUCCCCGCAUCGCAACACCGCCUGACCCUCACGAGGCUGGACCCUGGGAGCCUCUACGAGGUGGAGAUGGCCGCACACAACUGCGCUGGCGAAGGACAGACGGCCAUGGUGACCUUCAGGACUGGCCGGCGCCCGAAGCCAGAGAUUGUCGCCAGCAAAGAGCAGCAAAUCCAGAAGGAUGACCCAGGCACAAGCACUCAGAGCAGCAACCAGUCUGACAACAGCCGCCUGUCCCCUCCAGAGGCCCCAGACCGUCCAACCAUCUCCAUGGCAUCAGAAACAUCUGUGUAUGUGACCUGGAUCCCCCGUGGGAAUGGUGGUUUCCCCAUCCAGUCUUUCCGUGUGGAAUAUAAGAAACUGAAGAAGUUGGGAGACUGGGUCCUUGCCACCAGUGACAUUCCUCCCUCUCGCCUCUCCGUGGAAAUACCAGGCCUGGAGAAAGGCACUUCUUAUAAGUUCCGUGUCCGGGCACUGAACAUCCUGGGAGAGAGUGAGCCCAGUGCGGCAUCGCGGCCAUACGUGGUGUCUGGGUACAGCAGCCGUGUCUAUGAGCGCCCCGUGGCUGGGCCAUACAUUACCUUCACAGAUGCCAUCAACGAGACCACCAUCAUGCUGAAGUGGAUGUAUAUUCCAGCCAGCAACAACAACACUCCCAUCCACGGCUUUUACAUCUAUUACCGCCCCACAGACAGCGACAACGACAGCGACUACAAGAAGGAUGUGGUGGAAGGGGACCGGUACUGGCACUCCAUCAGCCACCUGCAGCCAGAGACCUCCUAUGACAUCAAGAUGCAGUGCUUCAAUGAGGGCGGUGAGAGCGAGUUCAGCAACGUGAUGAUCUGUGAAACCAAAGCUCGGAAGUCUCUUGGUCUGCCAGGGCGUCUUCCACCCUCAACGGUGCCUCCCCAGCAGCACCCCCCACUUGGUGGUGGGCACAGUGGCCUGGGCGCAGGGGCCAUGGUGGCCCGUUCCAGCGACUUACCGUACUUGAUCGUAGGGGUUGUACUGGGCUCCAUCGUACUCCUCAUCGUGGCCUUCAUCCCCUUUUGCCUUUGGAGAGCAUGGUCCAAGCAGAAGCAAACCAUUGACAUGGGCUUCCCAGGAGCGGGGCUGCUGGUGUCAUCAUGCCAGUACACCAUGGUGCCCCUGAGGGGCGUCUCGGCUCCCCGUGCCAGCGGCCACCCCUUCGUUAAUGGGCAGCGCUUUGCCAGCGGGGCGCAUCUCAACGGCAUCUGCCCCUCCGCAGCGGCGGCCUAUGCAAGCACCAAGCCCCGAGAUUACAGCCCAGAGGACAUGCAGCAGCCACAUGAGGAGACCAACACCUUGCUGCAGGCAAGAGUGCUGCAAAAUGGAAAUGUCCAGCACGACUACCCGUCCUCCAGAUUGUCCAGUUCAAGACCAGAAGACAGUUCUUUCCUCUACAGUCUCCCAGAUGACUCCACUCACCAGCUUCUCCAGCCCCAAGAUGAUUGUCCUCACCUUCAAGAGCACUUUGUUGGCCUGCAUCAUCCAGUGAUGGGCAGCAAAAUGGGCCUGGAUGUUCGACGGGAUCCCAUGUUCCACCAAGGAAGCCCUUGCUGCCUUGGCCUGGUGCCCGUCGAAGAGGUAGAAAGACUAGAUUGCUGCCAGUCCAGAGGAGACGUCCAUCCCCAGAAUUCACUGAUCACACCUUUGGAUCAGGACCUACCAAGACAACUGAACAGCAGCCCACCACCACUGAGGCCCUUAGAGACUCAUUCUCCUACCGGUUAGGGACCCAGCUGCUUUUUGCAAAAGACUUAUUC